AUGGCCACCGAGGACGAUAACUUCGACAUUGACAUCUACGGGGACGGCGGCGGCUUCAAUGCCAACGAACCGGAUUUCAAGGGGGAGGACUCGUCGGAGCUGGUGCUAGACGCGCCGGAGAACCCGCCUCCGGAGAACAACGUGAAGGUUGAACAACCAGAAAUAAAAACGGAGCCGCUGCAGCCGUCGGCAGCGGUCAAUGGAGAGCAUCAAGCUCAGACCCAACAGCAACAACAACAACAACAACAACAACCGCAAGAGCCAGCCGCACCGCACGGAGUGAAGCGCAAGGAGUAUGAUGACCGUUCAACGGACCCGGACGCCACGGCGGCGCUGCUCAUCUCAGACCUGUUCUGGUGGACAACCGAUGACGAUAUUCGGGGUUGGGUCAACCAGGCCGAGUGCGAGGAUGGCCUCAAGGAUGUCACAUUCAGCGAGCACAAGGUGAACGGGAAGAGCAAAGGCCAAGCAUUCGUGGAAUUCACCACUCCGCAAGCCGCUACAGCCGCGAAACACCAGAUCGAGUCCCUGGGACUGACAGGUUCAUCCGGCCGCAAGCAUGUCGUCAUCUACACCAAUCCACACGCAAACCCAUUCAAAACCCUCCCCAAGGAUGCGCCAAUGCGCAAGGACAACCGGUCCGUCGGCGGUGGCGGCGGAUUCACCGCCGGCGGCAGCCAGAACUUCGGCAUGAACAACAUGGGCGGCGGUGGUGGUUUCCGAGGUGGUCGUGGUGGCGGGUACAACCGUGGCAUGGGCGGCAACCUGGGUGGGGGCUUCAACAACCGCAACAACUUCAACGCCAUGGGCGGUGGCGGCGGCUUCCAGGGCGGAUCCGGGCCCAACAAUAUGAUGGGUGGUUUCCAGGGCCAGCCGAUGGGUGGUGGCAUGCAGAACUACGGCUUCAGUAACCGCGGCAAUAUGAUGGGUGGUAUGCGCGGUGGUCCGGGGGGAAUGCGUGGUGGUCGUGGUGGAAAUAACAUGGGUGGACCGAACAUGAUGGGCGGCAUGCCUGGUAUGAACCCAAUGGGAGGCAUGGGGAUGAAUCCCAUGGCCGGGGCCAUGGGCCCAAUGAUGGGGGGAAUGGGCGGUAACAUGGGCAUGCAAGGACAAGGCUUCCAGGGCCCCAACCAAGGCUUCAAUCAGGGAUUCUACAACCCGAACCAAGGCGGUGGUGGCGAUGCAUCGUGGAACCCGCACGGCGCUAAACGCAGCCGGCAGGAGUGA